AUGUUGACUACAAAGAAAAUAUUAUUUAUUGGUCUUUCUUUACAAUUAGUUAUAAAAUGUACAACAAAGGAUUAUUGCAGUCCCGUAUUUUGUAAUAACAGUCGACAACAUACUCUAUGCAAAUACCAGUCUGAAGAACCAGCUAGUACUUGCUUAUCUUACGAGCGAACAAUUCUUAACGAUAAUGACAGACGCCAAAUAGUAGAUAAAAUAAAUAACCGGCGAAACAAGGUAGCAGCUGGUGAAAUCAGAUCACUACCGCCAGCAGCUGGUAUGAUGAAAUUGGAGUGGAACAAGGAAUUAGAAAAAUCAGCUCAACGAUGGGCUGAUCAGUGUGUAAAACACGGAGAUGCAGAUUUGCAAGACAGUUGUAGAGAUUUGGGCAAUGUACCCGUGGGCCAAAAUAUCGCUACAGUGCAAGGAGACUCACCAGGUUUAACUCCGUUAGCUCUGGUAGAUGUGUGGUAUAUGGAAUUACUGAAAAUUGAUUCGUCAGUGAUAUCUUGCUUCGUGCCAUCAUCAGCGAAUGGGGAAUUACAUUACGAUUAUUUCACCCAGCUAAUAUGGGAACAGACAACAGAGGUCGGAUGUGGAGGUGUAAAAUUCAAAGACCGUUUGGAUGACACAAAGUAUAGAACUAUAUAUAGACUAGUAUGUAAUUUUUCGCCUGCUGGUAACCGUCGAAAUAAAACCGUGUACUCGUGUGGAACACCCUGCUCUGGUUGUCCCGACGGAGUUUGUGAUCAUCAUUACACAGCAUUAUGUGAGCAUACGCCUGCAGCAAAUGACCAUGCCACAAAGCAGAAUUAUGACGAAGUUAUCUCUACUAAACCAGACUUAAUAUUAGAUGUCUCAACUAAGAGUAUUUCAGUCAUGACCGAUCCAAUAUUUGAUGGAAUAACAUUCUCUACUCCAGAUCAGCUUUCUGAAAAUGAUUCGUUAAUGUUUACCUAUUUCCCUCAUUUGCCUGAUCAUAAAAUGAUUAGGGAACGUAUUACAUCAUUUGCCAACGAAGUGACUCGUAGUGACGCCUUACUAGAUGACUUUAUUGAGUUGCUUAAAAAGAAAUUGAGCAGCGACUCGCUUAUUAAAAAUUUCCUUUUAACCACACUACCACAAAGCACCGAGAUAUCAGAUAUUUUAAAUGACGAAGGUGUGGCAGCAUUCAUUAACAAAGUCUAUAGUAAAAAAGAACUUCCCACUACACUGAAAACAACUCCCAAAGAUUAUGUCAAUUCAACGCUGCUGGUGGAUUUAAUUGAAGCUGUAAUUUUUAGGAGUAACGAUAAAAUGGCUAGUACUGAAAUCUACCAACAGGAAUCUCAGACGAUACCUAUAGUAAAGCCAAUUAAAGUUCAAGCUGAACUAGCAGAAGUAAAGCAAAAUCGAGACUUUACGGGUCAUUAUUUUUUUCCGGAAGAUGACGAUGAAAGUAAUAAAGGACCCUCGGAAUCAUAUUAUGAUAAUACAGAUUUAGCUCAAGCUGACGUAGAAAUGGAAAUUGAUUAUCUGAAAAUGAGUUCGAUCACAAGAGAUUUUUUGGAUGAUAUUUUUGAAUCUGAUACGUCCACAGAAAGUACGACUACAUUGAAUACCCACUCACCGGAUAAAAUACCGCUAUACAAAAAUGGAUACAGAUUCAUGAAAAAGUUUUUAAAAAGCAUAGAAAAUAAAGCUGAUUCAUAA